AUGGGUAAAAUCAAUCUCACAGCCCUUCGGGUGCGACAGACAGCCCUGAGCCAAUUCGCCAGUGGAAAGACCAGCAAACUGCCACAAUGGGUCGACGUGAUGACUGAGAUCCCUCCUGCUGAAACCCUCAUUCGUACACGCCCUCCCCAGCACCAGCUCGUCCAGCAGCGGAUGAAGACUGUCGAUGGAUCCUCGAAGCCGCAGGUCGUCUUCCAAGUCCAAGAGAAACGCCGAGCCCCGAAGAAGGCGAGCCGUCUGUUCCAACCGGUCGAGCUCAAGUAUGAAGAAGAUCAAUUGCGUACCGAGUUCUUCCGCGACCACCCCUGGGAGCUUGCUCGUCCCCGUCUGCUCCUGGAGACGACGGGCAAAGACUUUGAACACUACGAUUGGAGCCGCAUUCAACAGCCAGGAAAGCGCUUAGAUGGUGAAAGUGUUGUCCAGCGACAACUGUGGCUUCUGAACAACGUCCCAGACAUGACUAAGAGCAACGCUUACGACAUUGCUCGCCGAGAGUUCUACAAACUCCGAUUGAGGGAAGACAUCGAGCGCCGGGUCGCUGCAGAGGAAGCCAGAGCGUAUGGCGCAGAAUUCGGGCCAUCGUACCUGGAAAUUGGUGGGAAGUUGGAGGAUGCACAAUACGACAGAUGGGUUGAAUGGGCCCGGGAACAAGCCCUGGCCAUGGGCCAGCGCUCUGCCGCCCUCGCUGGAGCCCCAGAGAUGGAUGAGGAUACAACAGAUGUAUCUGGGAUCGAAACUGAAGAAGCCCCGGCCACUCAGUAG